GCAUUUCCAAUACAUAUAGCAAUAAGUAUAUGUCGUCGACCUUUGAUAAUUAUAGAACCAGCAGAACACACUUUUUAUUUCUCUUCUCUUCUCUUUCAAAAAACAAAACACACAGAGUAGCUAUAAGGACCGAGAGAGAUGGGGAGGGCUCCAUGUUGUGACAAGGCAAAUGUGAAGAGAGGUCCAUGGUCUCCUGAAGAAGAUUCAAAGCUUAAAGAUUACAUAGAGAAACAAGGCACUGGUGGCAACUGGAUUGCGCUCCCUCACAAAGCUGGUUUAAGGAGAUGUGGAAAGAGUUGUAGACUGAGAUGGCUAAACUAUUUGAGGCCAAACAUAAGACAUGGAGAUUUCUCUGAGGAAGAAGACAAGAUUAUCUGCAGCCUCUUUGCCUCCAUUGGAAGCAGAUGGUCAGUAAUUGCAGCUCACCUGCAUGGUAGAACUGAUAAUGACAUUAAGAACUAUUGGAACACUAAGCUCAAGAAGAAGCUCAUGGCCACUAUGGCUCCUCCACCACCUCAUCAACUCUUAGCCGCUGCCUCAUCACAAUCAUCAUCACCAUCUUCUUCACACUAUUACAUGACAAAUCGCCUUCCUCCGUAUAACUCAUCAAUAUCUUCCAAUCAGCUGAUGACACCUCAUCAGGAGAUGAUGAUGACAAUGAUGGACCAACAACAACAACAACUAUUAUACAAAGAAGCCAUGGACAGUUUGGUAAUUUCUGCAAAUAGCAACAAGCUUAUAAUGAGCCAUCAAGAAGACAGCCAGGAGCAAAGUACAAACAAAGGAAUAAUGUUGUUGAGUGAUGUAAGAAGUGGGUCAAGUACAACAAGGACAGUAGCAAGAGUGAAGACGGAACAACAUGAUCAUCAUCAUGAAGAGAGAUCAAUGGAAGAUUAUGGAAUGGAUGAGAUCAAUCACUUAAUAAGUAGUAGUUGUACGAGUAGUAGUAGCAACAGCUUGUGGUUUGAUGAAAACAAGACAGAGGAUACGUUCAUGUUGUACUAUUGAUCUCUUUUCUCCUAAAACUAAAAAUGAAUUAUCGAAAACUUUCUUUUUAUGAGGAUUUUAAAUGUUAUCCAUGAGUUUUAAUUUACCUAUAUUUUAAUGACUUACCUCUAUGUUUUGUCAAACCUGUAGCUGUUACAUGCUAAUGAUUUAGUGAUCAA